UUAUACUACGGAGUGUGGGGACCCCAUUGUGUUGCCUUGAUCCAGACUUUCUGUCGUAGAUCCGGCAUCCGAAGCUCUCAGGCUGAAGACUUACUUCUGAUCAUUCUGUCUACCUCCGACACAUCCACAACAAUGUCCGUCACACUCACCGAGAAUCGAACAGUCUACUCGCUAGGCAGGACGCUAGCCGACUACGACUUGCAACACAGCGGCGAGGAGAACGACGUCUCAGAGGCUCCAAACUCUCGACCUGCACCGCAAGGUGCCGGCAACAACNCAGCAGACUGGGAAGACACCUUCCGCCGAGUUCCAGACUACCGCCCUGUUGACUACGAUCUCGACUUUGCUUACCGCGAUACCACACAAAACGGCAUCGAGAGAGCUUUCAUUUGGAACAUGUUUAACGGAAUCGUGCUCACAUCGGCGACAAACAGACUGUGGAGAGCCACUGGAGGAAAGCUGAACAACACAUACUUCCGUUGGCAGGUUGGAGGAGAACAC